AUGGCUUAUUAUCAACAACAGGUGAAUAAUCCUCAGAACAUGCAGUUCUACCAAUCCAAUUAUUCUUAUCAACAAGCACAACCGUCAAUACCUGUCAAUAGCAUGGGUUCAAUGGAUAUGGGAUUUAACAAUGAUGUAAGUGGUUCAAUGGGAGGAAGUGAAUUGACACCAGGAUUACUUGCUGCAUUUGGUACUCUGGGAUAUCCAGGUGAGCCACCAUUGCUUGAAGAAUUGGGGAUAAAUUUCCUGCACAUCAAAUCAAAGACCCUUGUGGUGUUGAAUCCGUUAACGAAAGAUAUACCCAGUGAUAUCAUGGCUGACUCAGAUUUAGCUGGACCUAUUUUGUUUGUGCUAUUGUUUGGCACAUUGCUUCUAUUGGCAGGAAAAGUACAAUUUGGAUAUAUUUAUGGAGUUGGGCUAUUUGGUACAAUUAGUUUACAUUAUUUGUUUAAAUUUAUGAGUAAUGAUACUCAAAUUGAUCUCAGUCGUUCGGCUUCAGUCGUUGGUUAUUGUUUACUACCAUUGGUGUUGAUUAGUGUAGUAGGAGUAGUGGCGAAUUUGGACAAUUUGGUAGGCUAUGUUGUCAGUGCCAUUGCUGUUUUGUGGUGUACCUAUUCGGCUAGUGGAUUCUUUGUUUCGGUGUUGAAGUUGCAUAAUGUUAGACCCUUGAUUGCCUAUCCAUUGUGUAUGUUUUACACCGUAUUUGCACUCAUGGCUAUAUUUGUUGAAAAAACAGAGGUUAGUUAG